UGUUACAACAUUACGCCCCCGCACGGUGCGCCCUCUCCCUUCCCGUAUCAUGACUCUUUUUGGAUAUCACCACAUCAAAAAAUCAACACAAGAUGUCAAAACGGCCAAAACUGUCAGGUGCCCAGGGAAGAGAAAAGAAGAGGAGAAACGAGAAAAAGACAGAGGUAGCAGGUAAAAACAUGCAGAUCUUUGUGACGACUCUAUCCGGGAAGACGCUCACUCUCAAGGUGGAGCUCACGGACACAAUUGAGAAGGUGAAGACCAAAAUCCGUGCCAAGGAAGGACUUCCAGCCCGCCAGCAGAGACUGAUCUUUGCUGGCAAGCAACUGGAAGACGAGCGCACCCUCUCGCACUACAACAUCCAGAGGGAGUCCACCAUCCACUACAUCCUGCGCCUGAGAGGUGGCAUGCAGGUCUUUGUGAAGGGCUCGCUCGGAAGGCUCGACCCGUACGAGGUUGAGAUCGGGGACACGGUGGAGAGUUUGAAGGAGAAAAUCCGGGACCUGACGGGGGUUCCUCUUCACGAGCAGGUACUGGACUGUAACGGCCGCAGGCUGCUGGAGCAAGAACGCUUGUCCGACUACAACAUCAGUCCGCAGUCUGUGAUUGAUCUCAGAAUGAGUAGCUGUCGCAAAAUGCGGAUCUUCGUGAAGACCCUCACCGGCAGGGUCCUCACCCUCUACGUCAGGGCUGACAACACUAUUAAGAACGUGAAGGCCAUAAUCCAAGAACAAGUAGGGGUUCCUCCUCACCAGCAGGCACUGACUUUUGGCCGAAGUCAACUGGAGGAUGACAAGUACUUGUUUUCAUACAAGAUCAAGGCCGAAGCGACCCUUCAUCUUGUCCUGCGUCCUUUGUGAAGACCAUAGGCUACAUUUCUGCCAGUGGGUGCUCGGGGUGUGUCUAUUAGUGCUGUCCCCAUACCAAUAUUUUGGUACUGGUACCAAACGUAUUUCGGUACUUUUCCACAAAAAAUGUGGCUUUAUUCGAACAAAAACUGUGCAAGACCUCCUUCUACCACCUCAGGAACAUUGCUAAACUCCGCCCCUCACUCCCUCUCUCUGAUGCCGAGAAGCUCGUCCACGCCUUGGUCUCCUCCUGGCUCGACUACUGCAACUCACUUCUUGUCGGGAUCCCCAGCAAGAACAUCCAGAAGCUACAGUACUUACAGAAUAGUGCUGCUAGGAUCCUGACGAGAGUGCGGAAAUAUGACCCCAACUCUCAAAUCCCUUCACUGGCUUCCUGUUCCACUCAGGAUUGAAUUGAAAGUCUCCCUACUAACCCACCAGUGCCUCCAUGGAGAUGCCCCCCCUCUACCUCAAAGAACUGCUCACCCCCGACACCUCCGCUCCGGACAGGCUAACCUCCUCCAACCUCCGAGGACAAAGCUACGAACAAUGGGAGACCGGGCUUUCUGCUCCGCCGCUCCCAGUCUGUGGAACGCUCUCCCUGACCACCUGAGGGCACCACAGACUGUGGAUGCUUUAAAAAAAGGCUUAAAAGCCCUUCUUUUUCAAAUAUAUGUAUAUAUAUAUUAGGGCUGGGAAUCUUUGGGUGUCCCACGAUUCGAUUCAGAAUCGAUUCUUGGGGUCAAGAUUCGAUUCAGAAUCGAUUCUUGGGGUCAAGAUUCGAUUCAGAAUCGAUUUUUUUUUUCCCAAUUCAACACGAUUCUCGAUUCAAAAACGAUUUUUUUUUUUUUUUUUUAUGAAAACAAUACACAACAAUACCAUAAUAAUGGAAUACAAUUUCAAAA